UGAUAAAAAAAAUUUGGAAAUAUUCACAUAACCGACUUCUUCCCCACGCAAACAAGUACCAAAAUUAAGACAAAAGAGGCAAAGACCUUUUUGUUCUGUUUUUUUUUCUUUUCAUCGUGUUUCUAUUGAAGAACCCUAAACCCAUCGGCUUUCCAAAUUUUGAUAGAGAUAAUCUUCAAUUGAAGAAAAUUAUCGUUCGUUUAAUCCGAUUUUGUAUCUGCUUAACAACUUGAAACAAAUGGCUACGCCAAUGGUUGCAGGUGCUGCUGUAGCUGCAGCUGCUCUAGCUGGUAGAUAUGGUAUAAUUGCUUGGCACGCCUUCAAGGCCAGGCCAUCCAUCCCUAGAAUACGCAGGUUUUAUGAAGGUGGUUUCCAAGCUUCUAUGACACGCCGAGAAGCUGCUCUCAUUCUUGGAGUUAGGGAGAGGGUUGUGGCUGAGAAGGUGAAAGAAGCUCAUAGGAGAGUAAUGGUAGCAAACCACCCUGACGCUGGAGGUAGUCAUUAUCUCGCUUCCAAGAUCAAUGAAGCCAAAGAUAUGAUGCUUGGCAAAUCCAAUAACUCUGGCUCUGCUUUUUGAUUCUCAUAUGAGAGAGUUUAUUACAAACAAAACCUAAUGAAACUACUCUCUUUUCGUUUGGUUUUGUGCUCUACCAUUUCUUGUUUGUAUAUCAUCAUUAUGUUCCAAAGAAACAUGUGAUUGUGUUUUUUUUUUCACACA